CCCUUGUCAUUCGCAGAACCACGAGGUACUGCCAGGGUUUCCGCACUGCCUGCGUCCUCUUGGGUGUUGCAGGCCCUCCAGAGUGACGCCCGGCGCAGGGGGCCGCGCGCGCACCCCACGACCUCUUCCAGGGGGGCCUGGAGCAGCCCUCCGCCCCACCGAGGGCCAGCUGUGCUUCCCGCCGCGCGUCCUGAGGUCACACUCCUGCCCUUUGCCGAAAGCACCUGCGCCCGCGGAGCGCGGGGUGGGCUUAGGGGGGCCCCCGACCGCUUUUCUUCCGGGAACCACGCGGCGGGACGCGGGCUCCGGACUCCCUGGGGGCAGCCUUGCUGUGGGUGAACAAGCGCGGAGGCCGAGCUUCUUGCAAACGGACUCCAAGGGGCAACGACCUUCGCGCGUCACCAAAGUGACUGCCUGGGUGGCCGACGAGCCCGGCUCCCGCAACCCACGGGCGGCCACUGCGCAGGCGCCUCUCCCGGCUGGCGGCCCCGCCCCGACUGGCUGCUCCAUGGCGCUGUGCGAGGCCGCGGGCUGCGGGAGCGCCCUGCUGUGGCCUCGCUUGUUGCUCUUCGGGGACUCCAUCACCCAGUUUUCCUUCCAGCGGGGUGGAUGGGGAGCAUCGCUGGCUGACAAGCUGGUCAGAAAAUGUGAUGUUCUGAAUCGUGGAUUUUCAGGUUACAAUACCAGAUGGGCCAAAAUUAUCCUUCCAAGAUUAAUCAGGAAAGGAAACAGUUUGGACAUCCCAGUAGCAGUUACAAUUUUCUUUGGGGCCAAUGACAGUGCACUAAAAGAUGAGAAUCCCAAGCAGCACAUUCCCCUGGAGGAGUAUGCUGCGAAUUUAAAGAGCAUGGUGCAGUACCUGAAGUCUGUGGACAUCCCUGAGAAUCGAGUCAUUCUCAUCACGCCGACCCCACUUUGUGAAACAGCCUGGGAAAAACAGUGCAUCAUACAAGGUUGCAAACUAAAUCGCCUGAACUCUGUUGUUGGUGAAUAUGCCAAUGCGUGUUUACAAGUGGCCCAAGACUGUGGGACUGACGUACUUGACCUGUGGGCCCUGAUGCAGGACGGCCAGGACUUCUCAUCUUAUUUAUCAGAUGGACUACAUUUGUCUCCAAAGGGGAAUGAAUUUUUGUUCUCGCAUCUCUGGCCUUUGAUAGAGAAAAAGGUCUCUUCUCUGCCUUUGCUGCUUCCUUACUGGCGGGAUGUAGCAGAAGCAAAACCUGAAUUAAGUCUGCUGGGAGAUGGAGACCAUUAGCCAAUCACAGGAGACCCAAAUCUGCUUGUUAUCUACAGAACUCAAAGUUGUCAAUACAUAGAGGUACGCUUUUUUCCUCAAGCUGAAACCUUUGCCACUGAUAUUAAUAAUAAAAGUAUUAGAUUUUUUUCAGGGAAGUUUUAUACUUAGGUCCAUUGUGUUUUGACAGUAUUUAUUAAUGCAGAUAUCAGUGCUACAGCUAUAAAAUAUACCCUGAGCAGCUUGUUAAUUCUAUAAAUGACAAAGACUAUUUUUUUAAAAGUCACAAUUUUAUAAAAAUCGUUUUCUUACAUUCUUUUGAGAACUGUUUCACUCAUACAUACACCCACACACCCCACUCAACUUUGUAUCAAAUUCCAAAAGUGUAACUAAAGUAUAAGAAUACCAUGACUAGUUAAAAGAUAGCAAAUACCAUAAGGUACAAGUUCAAGUAUUAGUAUAACAAGUAUCUGAGUAACAAAUGUCCUUGGAAAUGGGGGGUAGGGGGAGAUAUGAUUAGUCACAGGUUUGGUUAAUUGCCCUCAAAGUUGACAAGUUAAAAUGUUUUGGCUGGUAGCACAUUUCAGUUCUUAGGGGAAAAAAGCUUUUAAUGGCAAUUUAUAGAAAUCAGAAUUCAGGCUAUUGAUUUUUAUCCUUCACACAGUAAAUGCAGCCCAUCCAGAAUCCUGGAGCAAUAAAGUAAGAAGUAAUUCAAA